GUAUCUCUCUUGGAUGUCCUAACAACGUAGUUCUAUAUUAAAAAAAAUCCCCAAACAACAGGUCUUAAACAGAAGAAGCUGGGUAUUAGGCAAGGAAUUGCUGGACACACUGGAGGUGGUCAUACACAAGGAAUAUAUGGGCUGUUUCAUCGAUUGUACUGCUAUGACCACUCUCUAACUGCCAGGAGGAGAAAAUUUACGAUGGAUUUACGAAAUAUUCCCUACCGUUCAGAUGUGGUUACAUGGAACCCAGAUGACCUAGCAGAAUAUUUUAGGACGUUAAAAUAUAAGGACUGUGAGAAAGUUGUGAGAAAGCACAGCAUAAAUGGACAAAGGUUUUUGAACAUGUCUGAAAAUGAUAUUCAGAAAUUUCCCAAACUCAGAGUGCCAAUUGUAAGUAAAUUAAGUCAAGAAAUAAACAGAAAUGAAGGGCGGCUAUCCUUCUUUCCAAAAUGGGGCCAAACACAAAAAAGUCCUGAAAAUCCAGGAUACAGUCAAGAAGAUGGUGGCUGGUCUUCAUUUGAUGAAGAUGAUGACUAUGAAAGCCCUGAUGAUGACCAGGAAAAGGAAGAUGAGGCUGACUAUGAAUCACCAACAGAAGAAGCUGAGGAAGCAGAACAUGACAGUGAUGGCUAUGAACCACCUCCAUCCAAUAAUGAUGAAGCACACCACAAUGUCAUAUUUCCUGCCAAGUCACUUGCAAACAACACAGAUUAUAUAGACAGGCCUCCAACAACUAGAUCAUCACAUCAGCCUCCAGUACCACCCCAGCGACCUGGCCCAUCCCCAGUACCAGCCUCAUUUGGGGGAAGAGGUGCUUCUCUACCAGCUUUUCCUCCACCACCAAGCAACAAUGACUUGAGUAGAGACAGGAAUAUCAAGCCUUUGAAACCCCCAGCUCCUUCAAUAGACAGAAGCACAAAACCACCACUGGAUCGCCUUGCUCCACCUUUUGAAAGAGAAAGCCCCGUAUCAGGGAGGAAGCCAGGCUUUCCUGAAAAGCCUCUGACUUCACAGCUCAGAUCCCUUGGAGAACAACUAGCAAUGAUGCCAAAACCUCCUGUCCCACCAAGCGACAGGUAUGAAAGAGGCAAUCCAGCUCCUCUAAGGAAGCAACCCCCUGUAAAGCAGGGUUGGCCACCACACAAAAAAAAUGGAGAAGAAGAAGAAACUGCACCCCAAAGACCAGUGCCACAGCUAUCUUUGCCCCCAUACAGCUCCAAUACAUUCCCAUCCAAAUCUAUCAAACCUCCACCUAAGCCCGGAUCCAACAGCAUGCCUGGUGCAGAAAGUGCUAGAAACCUAUCUUCGAGUGGCUCACUACCACCACGCUUACAUCUAGGCAACAACAGCAGAUCUCCUUCCAGAGGUGCAGCUGAUAUAAGACCUCCAUUGCCAAUUCCUAGCAGACAGACAGUUCACCAAACAAACAUGGAGGAAGAUCAGGACUCACUAAAUGGUGAAUGGUAUGUUGCUUAUGUUACCCGGCCAGAAGCAGAAGCAGCUCUUCGAAAAAUAAACAAGGAUGGAACGUUCUUGGUAAGAGACAGCUCAAGAAAAACAGCUACUCAUCCAUAUGUACUGAUGGUGUUGUACAGAGAUAAAGUAUACAACAUCCAGAUUCGUUACGAGGAGCAAAAUCACAUAUAUUUGUUAGGAACUGGCUUAAAAGGAAAAGAGGAUUUUUCUUCUGUAGCAGAUAUCAUUGAUUACUUCCAAAGAACACCUCUUCUUCUGAUUGAUGGAAAAGACAGAGGCUCAAGAAACCAGUGCAUGUUAAAAUAUGCCGCAGGACAUGUUUAACUGAGACCUUAAGGAAGAGCACAUAUAGUAUUGAAGCCUACUGAAGUUUGUAAACUUCAGGGUAUUUCCUUUUUCAGCAAACUAAAAUCAUGAAGUCAUAAAAUAUCCUUUUAAUUUUAUGUAAAAAGGACAACAUUAUUUUUAAAUUAUGCCUUAAAUGCAGUACUCUAUAAAUCUGGUUUUCCUACAAUGUGUUUAUUACUGUCUACUAAUCAUAGUGUACAUGAGAAUUUUUAUCUUCCAACAUAUGUGUCUAUUCUUGAAAUUAUUUCCAUGUCAAAUUAGAGGACCCAGAAAUAAAUACCAAUACAAGCUUCUGCUUUCAUAGGAGGAAAAAACAUAAGCUAUUUCUCAAAUCAGAACUGCAGCAGCAAUUAUGUUAUGCAUAUAGAGUAGACCCAAACCUUGUCAAAUUUGAGUAGACAAAAGACAAGAAAAGCCCGUUUUUUUUCCCCUGAUCCACUUCCCAGUAAAUCUAUCUAUGGCCACUUCUAUGAAAAGAGUGGGACUCUCACCUGGACCCUAAAGACAUCUAGGUUUCAGUGACUCUAGAAAAAAUCCUCAACCCUGGAUCUGCAUCUGUUUGUCAAGAUCUACGUCUGUGCUAUGAAAAUGCCUUUGUUCACAGUAUUCUAGAAAAAUAAAAUAUCUGCAGAUAUCAUGUUCUCUCUGCCAUACUGCUGAUGAUUCAUUGAUGGCAUGUCUUAGCCCACAAAUUGGAAUAACAUAUCUUUGAGAAUCCUCUAACCUCACCCAGAAACAAGCUUUUCUCCCUUAACACAGACCUCUCUUUAGCUGUGUUUUUCUGACUUUAAAUCAUGCAAGUAUUUUUAUAGUAGACAUAUCAACAAGAUUAUCAUCAUGUGAUUCCUAAUUGGCAGAACACACCCAAAUCUCUUAGAAGACAGACACUAUCAGGCUAAACUUAGUUCCUCUUAUAUAACUGCUUUCUGUUUCUAGUGUAAUUUUUUCAAGAAAAACAAUGUUCCCAGUUCCAAAAUAUAAGUUGCAGCUGAGGACCAUUGAAGCAUACUAUAUUAAGAGUUUUUCACUCUCCUUUGGUAAGUGGGAUUUAUCCAACUCUUUGCCUUGGUUUUCUAGUAACCUUUGUUUUCUGACAAGACCUUGGUUUGAUAAUUAUAUUACACAUUGUCAUGCUUUUUCUCCUUUAAAGCCAUUUGUGUGUAUAUC